AUGGAUUUCCUGCUGCUGCUCCUCGUCGUAACGUCGGCGCUGGGCUUGACGGGACCCCGUUGUCACGUGGAGGCCUCUAAUGCCACGUCGCCGGAUUCCGCGCAGCCGCUGUCGCAAUGCGAUCUGAGUGCCGGCCGCUGGGUGCGCAACCCGUUCGUGAAGCGCUACACGGGCUACAGCUGCCAGAGCAUUCGCUCGCAGCUCAACUGCGACCGGAACGGGCGCCCCGACUCGGAGUAUCUUAACUACGAGUGGAAGGCCCCCGGGUGCAGCAUCAAGAGGUUCAACACCGCAGCCUUCCUCAGAACGGUGCGCAACAGAGUCUUCAUGUCGGCCGGCGACUCUUACGCCACCAACCUCUACCACGCGCUGCGCUGCCUCAUUGAGACCACCACCAAAGUCCAAGACUACAGCACGAGCUCUGCGUUUGGGACAGGAGUGAAGGCGUCCGGAUUCAGCGUACCGUCGCACAACUUCCUCUUCCUCCGCCAGUCCACCAACUUCCUCGUCGAUUCCGAGCCUCAGUUCUAUCUCCUGUUCAUGCUCUCUACCAGGGGCCUGUGGUUGGUAGGUGUUCUCUCUGGCCUUCUUUUGCUCUCCUCUCUACUGCCGUUGUGUCUUCCUCCACUCCUCUCCCUCUUCAUUCCACUCCCUCCUCCCCCUCUGAAAGGUCUCUACUCCAUCCAUGUUCCUCUCUCCUCUCCUCUCUCCUCUCCUCUCUCCUCUCCUCUCCCCCUCAUCUCCACACUCCUCUUCGCCGUCUCCAAGGCGUCAGCGUCCAGCAAGGGCUUUUGA